AUGCGACAUGGAGUGGCUUCAAGACAAGAAGCACACCUUGGCAAGAAGGAAGUGAACGACUUUGAGUUGGCCAAAGUCGCUAGCCUUCAUCAAGGCCGUGCGGCCGUAUUCAUCAGUAUCAUUGACAUUGGCGGGUGUGACGAGCUCUUCGAGAAUAAUCAUAAUGCCUUGCUGGGCCGCACCGUGCACAAUGGUACAGGCCUCGCGCUCCUGCGAUUCGGUACGAUGGGCAGCCAGCGCAUGUGCCAGCCCGACUCAGCCUCCACCAUCAUCACCAUGAAGGAGAAUCUGGAAGUUGAUCCCGAACCUGUCCUGGUGGGCACGCUUCUCAAGCGCGCACAGGGGAAGAGCACCUUUGGACGGAUGAACUGGAAACAGCGGUGGUUUGUCCUGUACGAGAAUGAGUUGCAGUGGUGGUCGGCAGAGGGUGGACGCUACAAUACACAAGCCGAGCUCAAAGGCGCCAUUGACUUGGCCUCCAUUCACGCGGUUGAGCACGUUAGCUACGAUGCCUUUACCAAGGCGCACAUGUUUCAGUUGGUUCACACCUCGCUCCUUUACAUUCAGUGCAACACAAAACGCGAGUGCGACAAGUGGGUCUCGACCUUGCGCAAGUUGGUAGCCCACAACACAUUUUUGCAUCCCAAGUUCCACCCCGGCUUUUUCGAUGAGCGCGACAAGGUCUGGUCGUGCUGCGGCAUCCCCAGCCGAGACUUCAAAGGCUGCUUGACCGCCCAUGACUAUUCCCCGAUCCGGAAGGAACUCGAUGCCGACGAGACACGGCCCCAAGCCAAGCGCGGUAUCAGCUCGAGUGCGGCUGUUGAGGAAGCCCACGCUGCCGAUGCACGUGCUCGAGAAGAGGAGCGCAAGCAUCAGCAACGGCACGCCGUCAAUCAUCAGGAGCAUCGCCUCAAAUCGGUCGACUCGUGUGGUGCCACCAACGUUGAACAAGUUGACCCCCGCCCGCCCCACAAGCGCAGCUCUCAAGACGCUCUCCGGUAA